GUUAUAUAAUUACGGUCACAGUGUAAGCUAACAAUAGCUAGUGUUGUUACACAAACACGUCUUUUCAACAAACAUAUAUAGUAUUUUUCUCCGGUGAAACAAAUGCCGACUAGUCAGAAAGCUCCGACUUGGGCCAUUGCGGUUGUUUUGGCCGUCUUUGCUGUAAUCUCGUAUCAGAUUUUAUUUGCGCCUGAUGAUUUAAAGGGGACGAAGAAUAUAUUGCCAAUGGCCAAGACCAUACCACUUCCUGUUGAUGGACCAGAGAGCAUUGAGUGGGAUCCACAAGGGGAAGGUCCUUAUGCUGCGGUUGUGGACGGCCGUAUUCUCAAGUGGCGCGGCCAUGAUCUUGGUUGGGUCGAGUUCGCACACACAUCUCCUUACAGGGGAAACUGUUCACGGCAUGAGGUAGUGCCUACUUGUGGAAGGCCACUAGGACUUAGUUUCGAGAAGAAAACAGGAGAUUUGUACAUCUGUGAUGGUUACCUUGGGGUGAUGAAGGUUGGACCAGAGGGAGGUUUGGCUGAGUUGGUAGUGGACCAGGCUGAAGGUCGCAAAGUAAUGUUUGCGAACCAGAUGGAUAUAGACGAAGAGGAAGAUGUCUUGUACUUCAAUGACAGUAGUGACAAGUAUCAUUUCAGGGAAGUAUUUUACGUGCUUUUUAACGGAGAGCGGUCGGGGAGAGUGAUCAGAUUCAACAAGAAGACCAAAGAGGCCAAAGUUGUCAUGGACAAUCUCCGUUGCAACAACGGUUUGGCUCUAAACAAAGAUAGGUCAUUCUUAAUCACAUGUGAGUCUGCCACUGGUCUUGUCCAUCGAUAUUGGAUCAAAGGUCCUAAAGCAGGGACCCGAGAUAUCUUCUCCAAGGUCCCAGGCUAUCCUGACAACAUCCGUUUGACACCAACGGGAGAUUUUUGGCUUGGCAUACAUUGUAAGAAAAAUCUAAUAGGGAGAUUGAUAGUAAAUAAUAAGUGGCUAGGGAAGUUGGUUGAAAAGACGGUGCCGUUGAACUUCUUGAUUCAGGAGAUGAAUGGGUUUAGGCAGCAAGGGAUCGCCGUGAAAAUCUCCGGGGAGACAGGGGAGGUGCUUGAGAUACUUGAGGACAAAGAAGGGAAGCACAUGCAGUAUGUGAGUGAGGCUUAUGAGAGAGAUGAUGGUAAGCUUUGGUUCGGGUCUGUUUUCUCGCCUGCCGUAUGGGUUCUUGAUCGCAAGUGAGUAGUUUCGUUUGUUGUAAGGUAGUGAUGUAUUAUUUUUAAAUCGACAUGUGUUUGUGGACUAGUUGCAUCAUUUUACCUUUUAUCUACUGUUAUGUGUCUAUUUCCUUUCUAUAUAAAUAAAACACAGAUUAAAACACAAA